UCUCGUACUCCUUGGCAGAGGCUCCCAAUCUCAUCAUCGUUCUCCCAAACUCUUUCUUUCAGUCGAAGCUUGUGAAGUAUAAAUUUAAGAGCUGAAGUUUGCUGGUUGCUUUUGAAUCUUCAUCUUUCCAGAAGCCUUGAGCUGCAGCAGAAGAAGAAAUGAGCGCUGGGAGACUGAAGAACUUGCUGGCAUCGGUAGCCAUUGGAGGGGUGGCUGAGGCGAGGGCAAGGAUAUUUGGGCACGUGCUUAACCCUACAGGUGAGAGAUCUGCUCACAAAAUUCUACGCAAGAAGCUGAUUGGAGACAAGGUUGCGCAGUGGUAUCCACAUGACAUCAGAAAGGAUGAUCCACUUGUCAUGGCACAAGAAGAACAAGAGCGGUUGAGCAAGCUUGAAAUGUUGAAGCGUCGUGGAAAGGGACCACCUAAGAAGGGGCAAGGAAAGCAGGCCAAAAAGCGGAACAAGUAGACAUCAUUUCCAAUUUGAUUAGCUUGGAAAUCAUCUAAUGAGUUUACUUUCAGGGAAAACAAGAUCACUGCCAGUCAAGCAUUAGUGAGUUUUACUUGAUAGAUAGCUAGCUUUCCUCUCUCAUAUGUUCUGGUAUUGCUUUGUGAACCUUAUAAAAUGUAUACUGAGAAACAUGGAAAUGGAUUUUGUCAUUAGUAAAACUCACUUCAUCAGGUAAAAAAA